AAGCGGAAGCUAUCGCAGUCUCUCAGACAACCUGGAAGCUGCGUGUCCUUCCUGCAGAGCGGGGCCCGGGGAGGCGACACCGGAGACAGGCCCGAGCACGAUACUGCCGUCAUCUGGGAAGAAAGAGUAAACUUGAAGCUGUAGAUUUUAAAAUGUCCUCCUUGGUAUGUGAUUGCCAACAUCUAGAAUCUGUGGGAGAAGUGACCAAAGAAGAGCUUAUUCAGAAAUCGAAUGGAAGCUGUCAGGACUGCAGAGUGAAAGGACCAAAUCUCUGGGCUUGUUUAGAGAAUGGCUGUUCCUAUGUUGGCUGCGGAGAGUCUCAUGCAGAUCACAGUACCCUUCAUUCUCAGGACUGCAAGCAUUGCCUCACUGUGAAUCUUACCACUCUCCGUGUCUGGUGCUACUCUUGUAGCAAGGAAGUGUUUCUGGAACGCAAGCUCAGUGCCCCUUUGCCCCCCACAAAGCAGCAGGAGAGUAACAUGCAGGAUACAAAAAUGACAUCAAGCCUUACGUUAAAACCCCCUGCGGCAGUCUCGUUUGAUAAUCUGGACAUUGCGCUGGAAGAGGAGGAUGAACUUAAGACCAGAGGAUUGACUGGCUUGAAAAACAUCGGGAACACUUGUUAUAUGAACGCAGCUUUGCAAGCACUGUCCAAUUGUCCACCCUUGACGCAUUUCUUUCUAGACUGUGGAGGCUUGGCACGUACAGAUAAGAAACCAGCGCUUUGUAAAAGUUACCAGAAGCUGAUGACGGAGCUUUGGCAUAAAAACAGGCCGGGUUCGGUUAUACCCACCAACCUUUUCCAGGGAAUAAAGUCUGUGAAUCCUACCUUUCGGGGCUACUCUCAACAGGAUGCCCAAGAAUUCCUUCGCUGUUUGAUGGACGUUUUACAUGAAGAAUUAAAGGAGCAAGUUAUUGAGAUGGAGGAGGACAGCCAGAACAAUAUCUUGGAAGACAAUGUUGAGGAGGACAAAAACCAGUCGGAUAAUGAUUUCCAGUCCUGUGAAUCCGGUUCCACCAGUGAUAACGCUGAGAAUGAGAGCAGGAAGCUGUCUGAGGAACUGACAGAAUCCAGCAUGUUAAUCCAGGAGGAGCAGAAAGAUUCCGAGCCCUCUAAGGUCCGGCAUAAAGAUAAACUGUUCUCUAAUAACAACUGCCUGCAGGACUUGGAGAAAAACAUUGAAAACCUAUCAGAAGAAGGUAACCCUCCCUCCCAUGGCACAGUGAAGGUGCAGAUACAGAGCAGGAUAGCAGACUAUGCUACAGAGGUAAACAUGAGUGAUCUGUCUGGUUCACAAAUACCUUUAUUAAAUGAAAGCAUGAAUGCACAUCUGUCCAGCAGCCCGCCUAAGACUGGAGGUGUGUGGACUGGUCAUAAAAAAGUUGUCCCGGCAUGUCCUCCAAAAAAGAGAAGGCAGAAGAAAUAUCGCAGUGUGAUAUCAGACAUUUUUGAUGGCACGAUCAUGAGUUCUGUACAGUGCUUGACUUGUGACAGAAUUUCAGUAACACUGGAAACAUUUCAGGACCUCUCGUUACCCAUACCAGGGAAGGAAGACCUUGCUAAGCUGCACUCCUCCAGCCAUCAGACUUCCAUGAUCAAGGCUGGUUCAUGCGGAGACGCGUAUGCACCUCAAGGAUGGAUAGCCUUUUUCCUGGAGUAUUUUAAAAGCUGGUUUUGGGGACCCACUGUGACGCUGCAGGACUGCCUUGCUGCCUUUUUUGCCAGGGAUGAACUUAAGGGUGAUAACAUGUACAGCUGUGAAAAGUGCAAAAAGUUACGGAACGGGGUCAAGUUCUGCAAGGUCCAGAAAUUUCCUGAGAUAUUGUGCAUCCAUCUGAAGCGCUUUAGACAUGAACUCAUGUUCUCCACCAAAAUUGGCACCCACGUGUCCUUCCCAUUGGAGGGUUUGGAUCUCCAGCCAUUCCUUGCUAAAGACAGCCCUAGUCAAAUUGUAACCUAUGACCUUUUAUCUGUGAUCUGUCACCAUGGCACUGCCAGCAGUGGACACUACAUUGCUUACUGUCGCAACAAUCUAAACAACCUUUGGUAUGAAUUUGAUGACCAGAGUGUUACAGAGGUGACAGAAUCCAUUGUCCAGAACGCAGAAGCGUAUGUCCUUUUCUAUAGAAAAGCCAACGAAGAUGCACAGAAAGAAAGGCGACGAGUCUCGAGCCUUCUAAAUACGAUGGAGCCCAGUCUUCUCCAGUUUUAUAUUUCUCGUCAGUGGCUUAACAAGUUUAAGACGUUUGCGGAGCCUGGACUCAUAACGAAUAAUGACUUUCUGUGUCCGCAUGGGGGUGUUCCACCUCGUAAAGCAAGUCUUAUAGAAGAACUUGUUGUGAUGCUUCCUCAGAACAUAUGGGAUUAUUUAUACAGCAGAUAUGGAGGUGGCCCAGCUGUCAAUCAUCUCUAUGUGUGUCACACAUGUCAGACGGAACUGGAGAAGGCCGAGAAGAGACGGAAAAUGGAACUGGAAACUUUCAUUCGGCUAAAUAAAGCAUUCCAAGAAGAAGACUCACCGGCGGUUAUUUACUGCAUUAGCAUGCAGUGGUUCAGGGAAUGGGAAGGUUUUGUCAAAGGAAAAGAUUGCGAUCCACCGGGUGCCAUUGACAAUACUAAAAUAGCAGUCACCAAGUGUGGUCACAUUACAUUGAAGCAAGGGGCAGAUUCCGGGCAGAUUUCAGAGGAAACCUGGAAUUUCCUGCAGUCCAUUUAUGGCGGAGGCCCAGAGAUCACCAUCCGUCAAAGUGUAGCUCAGGCUGAACCAGAAGGAGCUCAGUCAGAAGAGAAGAUUGAUGUGGAGACACGGAAUGUCUAAAUUUUCGCACUAAUAUUAUGAAGAUGAAGUCCCUAUUUUUUUUUGUACUGACUGUUUCCCUACAUUAGGUUCUGAGGUUGUAAAAGACCUUUGGGGGAGGGUGGGGGGGGGGUUUGUUUGGCUGUGAUUGUUCAUGAUCUAUUUAUGUUUCAUAAGCAAGCAGGGAAUAUGCUGAGAGUUUUAUUUCAGAUCACCUGUCUAUACAUAUUGAAUGAUUUAAUUUUUAAAAGCAUUCUAUAAAUCUGUAAGUGUAUAUAAUGUGAAUGGAUUAGCCUGUCGGUGGCUGUAGGAUGUGAUGUUCAGAGUAUGGCUCUGCAUGUGAUUCAUUCCAACCCUUCAACUGUGCCGCGGGAUAAUUGGUUGGAAACCUGUGCUGCAAAUGAAUUCAUAACCAUUCCUGAACCUGCCUCGUUUCGCUCCUCAGCUGCAAGGGGCAGUGCCUGUACCCUGCAGGCUGCAAACUGCUUGUAUUUUGGGAAGGCAAGCAUGUUCCAGACUUUAAACUUUUCUACAUUUUGUAGAAAUGUACGUUGUGUCGGAAGGAAAUGAGCUUUUAAAAAAAUUCAGCUAAUAGAUAUGAGAGAAUUUGGUAACGGACAUUUCCAUAAUUCUCUAUACCCUUUUACAUAGUAUUUUUGUAAAACUGAAUAUAUUUGGCCAGUAGUGGGGAAAUUGUGAGCUAUUUAACGUGACUCAGGUAACGCCAACGGGUUUUUGGUCAGGAUUCGCACUCUGUGCAUGAUCUGUGGAGUACAGUGUAUAAUUCCAAAACUUUUUUUUUUUAAUAUACUUUUGUUUUGUGUGUACCAAAUGUUUAAACAUGAAAGAUGUGCAAACUAUUUGUCUAAAAUCUAAGUUAAAACGUCUGGGGGAGCUCAAGGGUUACAACACAAACUUUUUUUUAGCACAUUCCUUCCGGCGCAGAAUACGCCUAAUGUUUUUAUAGCUAUAGCGAAAAGGGAUACUCCACACAUUCUCUACAAACGCACAAUAGACAAAUGCUAGGAUGGCAUUCUCGUCUUGUCAGGAAGGCCGUUAUUUUAUUUUAUAUUUUUAAAGUUAUUAUUUAAAUAUUUGCUUAUUUGGGCAAAAAGGAUUUAUUACAUGAAAACGCUCUCUCUGUCUUUAACAUAAACCAAGACGUCAAAUAAUGGCUCAGAGAAUAUGAAGUAAGCACAAGCAAAGGUUGGGGGAAAAGCUCUGGGAAAUAAGAAAGCAAAUACAAUGUAGAACUUUGGCAAAGCUAAGAAGACCUCGUUUUGUAAACAAACCUUUUUUUUUUUCUUCUAGUAGUUAAAUUUUAAAAUGUAAUAGCACAUUCUCUCUGGCAGAUGAAUGUAUUGCAUGAUUUUUGGAAUAAGUAGCAUUAUGAAAAGGCCAUCAGGAGCGACUGAAUAACUAAGCUGAAGCUUUAUAAAUUGAGUGUACAACGUCCCACUUUAUAGCAUUGUAUUGCCCCACAAACCAGACAAGAAGCUGCACCAUGUGCGUGUCUUCCUUAAUACUGUACCUUUAAUGUGUGAGAAAUGAACCCAUCUUUUUUGUCAAUCAAGGCAUUAAGCUGGAAUACAAUAGAGAAAAGUUGAUUAUAUAUUCAUUAGUAGCAGGUUUGUAAUAAUUUGUACAUUGCGUGAUUUCAAACUUGAUAAAUUUUAAAACAAAGAAACAAACACAAAAAACAAAACAAAAAUAACUAAUUUCAAGGCUGAUUUUGCAGCUUGAUCUGGGAAAUAUUUUGAGGGCGGAAAGGAGAUCGUAGUUAUUGUGUAUAUAUUUUAGAUCAUUUCUCGGUCCAUUCAUCCUUUUAGGCUUAUUAUAAUUCUCUCUACUCUGUGUAAUUUGAUAGGGAAUUUCUACAUUUCCAAGAGAUUAAAAGAACUUUAAACAGACUAAUUAUAUUAACUAUGCAUAUUGCUAAACAAUAAAUCAUAUUAACAGUCAGAAAACUGAAGUGUGGGUAAGAAGUGCAUAGCUUUGAAGGCUAUGCUCCCUGUGUAGUGUAGUCCGCAGCUCUGCUGUGUGGAGGAUCGUGGGAGUUAUGAUUCAGGUUACUGCGAGUCUUUGAAUCCUGAAAAUGGGGUGGGUGGGAAUGCGGCUCUAAAAAGAUGUGAUGUCCUAUAGCUUGCCCUUUAACCUGUGACAAAUGAUUACCUGUGUACAAAUGCAAGUAAGUGAAUGAAUAGAUAUGGUUGUCAGCAUGUUGUGAAUGUUUGUUUUAAUUAUUUAAAUGCUCAUUGUAAAUCUUCAAUAAAGCAGAUAAAAGAAAAGCA